UGUGUGUGUGUGUGUGUGCACACGCUCACAUGAGCAGGGGAAGGACAGAGAGAGAGGGAGAGAGAGGAGAGAAUGAGAAUCCCAAGCUGACAACGAGGAGCUGACCCUCAUGUGAGGCUCAAACCCACAAACUGCAAGACCAUGACUUGAGCCAAAAUCAGAGCUGGAUGCUUAUCUAACUGAGCCACCCAGGCACCCUGCUGUAUCUUACUUGUAAAUAGUUCACUCAAUUUCUGAAACAUCAAGUAUAAAUUGACUAAUACGAUUUUAAUCCGUGUUUCAGAUGUGUGCAUUUAUCAUUCUUUCUGGUCAUAAUUUGGCUCCUGAUUAUUUUCAGUCUCUUUGGGGUAAGGAAACCCGUCUCCUUAAGUAAAUUAAAUGUAGGUGGUCUGAAGUUAGUGCAGAAGGGAGGUUGUCCACAGGGGGUAAGGGUGGCUGGACAUCAGAGUUUCAGCUCUUUUUCCUCCCAGAUUCACCUCUCCUUGUUGCAGAUCACUUACUGAUAUUGCUCCUGCCUGCUCUCUUGAAAUAAUGGUGCCGUACAUAUUGUGCACAAUCUGAGAACAGGCUUUGGCAUUUAGAUGCCUAGAUAGGACUCUACCAAAGUCUAAGGAAUAAUAAAAGGAAUGCAUCACAGAAGCCCACGACUCUAGACAACUUGGCUUAUAAAACUUGGCUUGUUCUAAGGCUUCAGGGGUCUUAUCCAGUCCUCAGUCCUCACUCUAGCUUAGGACAGCCCCUUAAGAGUCCGUGUGAAAAUCUCUUCUGCCUGAUAAAGAGCGAAAUUAGAGUCUGGCAUUCCUUCUCAUGUUGUUAAUGGGGCUUGUUUUCCAAGUUAGUAUCCAGUUAAGGCCUCACUUCUCCUACCCCUUCAUGGAUACGUGAGGUGGGAAAGUUAUUCAAGCUCCUCUUAAUGACUCCCUAUAUCCUUGGCCUCUCAGACCAUCCACAUCAGAAUACAACAUGGUAGCCCAACAUUCGUGUCAGAGCUACAUCUGUGAGUAAUAGGGCACUUUCAAAGGUUCCCCUUCACCCUGACCUCUUUGCGCCAUCUAACUAUUUUGACCACAUCUCCUCUCCUCUAAAGUCACUCAUUCCCUAUUUUCUGUGGCCUUAGGUACAGAUUUUCCUUUUCUCUCUCUGGCCGUUCCUCAUAAUUAUAACCUACAUUUGCAUAACUCUUGUGGGUGUUACAAAAUUCAUUCACAGGCACUGCUUUAAGGGAGGAAACAGACUCAAGAAGUUAAGAUAUUUUCUCAAUGUCACUCAUCUAGUUUUUGGCAGAGUUGGAAUUUGAAUCCAAGUCUUUGGACUCCUAUGUUCAUUGGUCAGUUUUUUCACUACAGCCCAGCUGCCUGGAAUGCUAAUUCUAUUUUUUUUUUUUUUAAUCUCUCACCUCCCUUCUUUUCUACUCCUUUUAUUACUGGAUGUGAGGGUCUUAUCACAGGUUAAAGAACUGAGUGAAACAUCUUUUGCACUAGGCACUUGGCCAUUCUGCUCAUGGUCACUCAAGUCGCCUUCCUAAAACACAGCUGUCAUCAUGCCAUGUCCCAGCACCCAAUCUUCACUGGCUCACCAUGAGGCAUGCUUUGAUUACUUUCCUUCAUUUGUGGAAUAAAUAUUGCUACCUUUCUGAGUGCCUACUGAACAUCAGGUACUGAACUAAGUUCUUUAUAAUGUUUUUUAACACACAACACUUGUACAAGACAGUCUUCAUUAAUAACUUAUUAUAGACAAGAGACUGAGGCUGUGUAAGUAAGACUUAUUAAAGAACAUGCCCAAUGUUUAAAAAAAAAAGUAGGUAUAAAGAUGGAAUUGAAAUCCAUGUCUACUUGCUAAACUUUUCCUCUUUUCACCACACAAGGACUCACUUGGGAAAAUGACCAAGCCAUUGAAUGAUGAUGAUGAAACCCUCUGGAAAUCAUGGAGUAAUUUUGUGAAUAAAAAUUUCUUGACAGUUUUUUUUUUUUAACUUCAGUUCGGCAAAAAGUUCUGGAGAAAAAGAACCAUGAGUUAAUAUGGCCAGGAAAAGGAACAUUCAAGUUAACUGUCCAGUUGCCCACAGCCCCAGACAAGGUCCAGGAUGCCUUUGAGGAGGAAAUUCCAACAAAGGAACCGGAAGGCAAAGAACAUGUCAAAGAACCAGGUAAGGUCAAAGAACUGAGACAGGUGGCCUUCGCCAGCAGUUUUGCUUUCAUUACAGAUGGCACCUGCAAGGGUCAUCCUUCUCUUCUUGACUUCACAAAGCAGGGUGUGCUCAGCUUAGAGACGCCUCAGGCUGCCUUAUCUACAUAUUCUCGGCCAGUUGUUCUCAGGGUGAGCAUUGGGGAAACCCCCUGAGAGCUUAGGGCUCAGGUAGAAGCAUGGAAACAGCUCUCUCUGUGGGGACUGGGAGACACCUUGCAAUUGAAGGGAAGCAAAGAGGUGCCUGGGAGAUGGUGAUAAGCCAACCUUUAGAGCCCAUCAAGAAGCAAAGACAUGAUGUGUCAGUGGGUGCCGUAUGUGGCUAAGUCUAUUUCUGAGCACUGAGUGUGGAGGGUGCUGUCCUCUGGAGCCACAACAGGAGGGUGGACAAAGGCUUCUAAGUGCUGGGUGCAGGAUGUGAGUGCAGCACCCCCCAGGCCAGCAGCAGCUCUUUUCAUCCCAUCUGCUGUAGGAAACGGCCUGCAACCUAGUAGCUGUUGUGGAUCCUGCUGCUUCACUUGUGUCCGGAUGUUGGCCUGUAGUACCACCUGCCAGUUACUAAAGAAGCAAUUAGUUUUCCUGGCUAAGCAUGCUGUUAUAAAGGGGAGGGAUGAGGACCUAUGCUGAAUGGCUGAGUAAGAGAGAUAAAAUGAUGUAUAUACCCAAAUCAUAGGCAAAAGGAAUCCCAAAAAAUGUAUAAAUUAUUGUCCUCUAAAAUUGAAAUUGUCUUGAGAACAUGUUUAGAGGUUUGCAACCUUCUCUUUUGAAAAUAGCACUAAGCUGAGGGCUGCCUUUACUUGGCAAACCGACUGGAUAGGGAUGUAUAGAUUGUUUUCAUCUAACAUGCUAUUAAACUAUAGAAUCUAGGAUGCAUGGUUUUCUUAGAAGCUCAUGAUUCUUAUAAGAUAGGAAUUUUUUUUGUCUGUUUGGAGUAAUUCCUGCUUUCUAUUCUUCAGAUAUGGAACUGGCUUAUACAACUCCCGGUGUUCAUUGUGACCCCCUAAAUCCUUAUCUAUUCUUGGAAAAUGCCUUAUGUGUUGUACCCUCAAACUCAAUUUUAGACCAGGAAGUGGUUUUAUACUGGUAAAUUUAUAUCUGUACCACUUCCUGGGUCUAGAAUUAAUCGAGUCUGUGUUUCUUACGGUUUCAUAGAUUUUACCCUCACUGUGUCUUAACUGAUUUGUCAGCACUAUUUCAGAUUCACUUAUAACCCCAAGUAUAAGUGAAUAAGUAUAAGGAAGAGCCAUCCAGCCCCACCCACCAGUGGAAUUUUCAUCAUACUGGAGAUUUUAGAUUCAUUGGCUAGCCUGUUUUUACAUGACCCAGACUCUAAUGAUAGUCACCAGCCAGGAAGUUGGGCAGUCUUUGACAAAAUACUUAAUGGUCCCCUUUAAGAGACAUAAGAGGAGGUCCUUUGCUGAAUGGUUACUCCACACUGAAUCCUAACAGUGAGCCUAAGGCUAGGACUCUUGAAAUUAAUUGGGAUGGUAUAGAUAGUUUUCAGAACGAGCAAAAUCAGGGUGGAAGGUGGUUCCCUAAUAGGUCCCGUAUUUCAGGAACGAUAAGAACGGAGAAUGCUGCCCUGAGAGUGCAUGGGGCAUGCACGAAAUCCUGAAGUUGGAGAUGGACAAGCAGUUGACAGAGUAAGGAUAGGUCAAUCAAGCCACACACCAACAUCAGGGGAUGUGAGCCCUGAGCUAAUGUUCGAUUCCCGGCGAAGCAGAGUUGGGAUGGGUCUGAAAGGUGGAAACCAGCAGUUGGAAGAACCUGUAGAAGAGAGACACGCAAGAGCAGAGAAACACUGGCCCUUGUGGUCAGCAAACUCUGGCUUUUUCAAAUCUAUAUUUCCAGCCUGGACUCUUCUAAAUUCCAGACCUUGUGUCUGAUCUUCCUGUUGGAAAAUAUGUGAGAGCCACCAUGUCUGAAGCUACCUGUGUCAUCUUCCUCCUCCUACCCUUUCCGGCUACCUUAUUUCUCUUGAAGUACACAACCAGUCUGCCCGUCACCUACUAGAAACUUCAGUCGUCUCUCCUCUUUAAGCCUUCACAGACAUCGGUCACAGAGACGAUCAAUAUGUGUCAGAAGAAUUGGAUACAAAACUUUCUCUCAACAGAAGAUCAGAAAAAGUGGAAGAUACCUCAGAAGAAUGUGAAAAUAUUUCCUCUUUGGUUGCAUUUGAAAAUCUCAAGGCAAAUGUAACUGAUAUAAUGUUAACCUUGCUAGUGGAGAACAUAAGUGGCCUGUCCAAUGCUGAUUUUCAAGUGGAAGUAAUACGAGAUUUUGAUGUUGCUGUAGUUACCUUUCAAAAAUGUAUAGAUGCUGUGAAAUUUGUUGAUGAUUGUGCCAGGCACCAUUCAGUGAAACAACUUCAACUUUCUCCACGACUUCUGGAAGUGACAAAAACAAUCAGGGUUGAAAACCUGCCACCUGGGGCUGAUGACUAUAAUUUGAAAUGUUUAUUUGAAAAUCCUCUAUAUGGAGGAGGAAGAAUUGCCAGGAUUCAGUGUUUGCCUGAAGAGAGUUCAGCUCUGAUUGAGUUUUUUGACAAAAAAGUGUUACACACCAUCACGACCAAGAAACUUGACCUCAGUAAUAUGCCGCUCUCUGUGUUUCCGUACUAUGCCUCUUUGGGCACGGCCUUGUACGGAAAGGAAAAACCUCUGAUUAAGCUUCCAGCACCAUUCAGAGAAUCGUUAGAUCUUCCCUUAUGGAGAUUCUUGAAGAAAAAGCACCAUCUGAUGGAUGAGAUAAAUGAAGAAGUGAGGCGUUGUCACUCUGAACUAAUGUGGUCCGAACUCAGUGGUGAAGUUACCAUCAGACCUGCAACCACAUUAUUCAGUCUAGGUAGACUAAGGAUCAGGACUUGGCGGAAAGAUGUUUCCAUAGCAUUCUCUAGCAUCAGGUCUAAAUAUAAAGUCACCCCACUGAAAGUGGAUCCCAUAGUGUGGGACACCAUAAAAAAUAGUUUAGAAGACGACAGGAUUUUGACUGAAUUUGAUACACUUAUGGGGGUUGUAACCUUAGUGGGGAAAUCAGAGGAUGUACAGAAUAUUGAGCCACAAAUCAAGGAAUUAAUAGAAAGUACAAUUCAAAAAAUUAAAAAAGAAGAGCAAAGUGUAAAGGAAAAAGUGGCCAUUGCUCCAGGAAGGUAUUCUCUUUUGUGUCACAGUGGCAUCCUGGAGCGUCUCCGCACUGAGUGCCCAGAGAUGGAGAUGUCUUAUGAUGAAGCUUCUCAACAUAUGAGCUUCAAAGGACUCCGCACAGAUGUGUAUAAAGCAAAGUGUGAAAUACAGAAAAAGAUGUACACCAUGGCUCAAAAAAACAUCCAGCUUCCCCCCGAGAUUUUUCAAUUUUUGCAAAAAGUAGACUGUACAGAAUUCUCUAAGUCUCUUUUUAUAGCACAGAAAAUUCUUGCUGUUUAUGAGCUAGAGGGUACAGCUGUUCUUCUAACCAGCUAUUUCUCUGAAGUCCUAUUAGAUGCUGAAAAGCAAAUGGUCAGUGCCUUAAGUUCUAAGCGCAUAGACAUUGAGGACAAGGACAUUCUUAAUGGCAAGAAAUGGAAAGGGCUCACUCACAGAUUGCAUAAGAAACAUAAUUCCUCGUCAAAGACUGUAAUAAUCGAUGAGUUAACUUCAGGAACCAAAGCUGAGGUUAUCAUUGCAGGCUGUGUGAGAGAAGUGAAUGAAACCUAUAGCUUGCUUUUUGACUUUGUGGAAGAACACACGAAAAUAGAGAGAUUGGUUGAAAUAGAGCCUUCCAUAAUCAUUGAUUAUUUGAAGACAGAAAAAAAGCCAUUCUGGCAAAAGAUAAAGAAGACAAAUGUUCAAGUAAUUUUCAAUGCUGAGAAUAAAAAAAAAGGCAUUUUACUAAUUGGCCCAAAGGCUAAAGUCCUGGACGGCAUGCACAUCAUCAAGCAAGCCUGGGAAUCCAUCUGUGUUGAAAGCAUCCAUAUUGAUAAGCCAGGAGUCAGCCAGUUCUUCCAGGAGAAAGCACAGUAUUAUAAAAGUGAAGUCAAACGGUUAUUUGGAUGUUUCAUUGAACUACAGGAGAACGGAGGGAAGAAGGAGGGAGGUGGCACUGACGGACAGAAGUGCUCUUCUCGGGCAGAGCUGGCCCCUGGAGUCUCUCUGAUUGUGCAACAGGGCGACUUGACACAGUUUCCUGUGGAAGUGGUGGUGAGCACUGCAAAUGAGGACCUGAAGCUCUCUGGCGGCCUAGCAGCUGCUCUUUCUAAAGCAGCUGGCCCUGAGCUCCAAGCAGACUGUGACCAGAUAGCGAAGAAGAUGGGCAAGAUCCCCCCUGGCCGUGCCGUCAUCUCCAAAGCAGGAAAGCUCCCAUACCGGCAUGUGAUUCAUGCCGUGGGGCCCAAGUGGAAGGGAGAUGAGGCCCUGAAGUGUGUGCUCCAGUUAAAGAAAGCUAUAGAAGAAAGUCUCCAUUUGGCUGCAAAAUACAAGUACCGAUCCAUAGCCAUCCCUGCUAUCAGCUCUGGAGUCUUUGGCUUUCCCUUAGCCCGGUGUGUGAAGACUAUUGUUUUGGCUAUCAAGAAAAACUUCCAGCUUAACCAGGAUGGAAAUACCUUGAAAGAGAUUUACCUUGUGGAUACAGCAGAGAAGGCUGUGGAGGCCUUUGCAGAGACAGUGAAAACUGUAUUUGAAGACUCCCUGUCUGUUGCCGCUUCGCUGCCCAGUUUACCCGCAGCAGUCCAGCCCAGCUUGGUAACAGUUCAUGGAAACGGACAAAUGUCAUUGUCCCAGGGAAAUCUGAGGCUCCUGCUGGUGAAAGGGGAUGUGCAGAGUGCUACGGCUGAUGUUCUUGUCAACUCCAUUCCCAUGGAUCUUGAGCUUAAUAGAGGGCCCCUUUCUCAGGCCCUCCUGGCAAAAGCUGGGCCAAAGCUCCAGGAGGAAUUGAACAUUGUCGGACAAAUGGCAAUUGUUGGCAUGGGCACAGUUCUCCAAACCAGCGGACACAGUCUGCACUGCCGCCGUGUGCUUCACGUGGUGGCUCCGAACUGGAGAGAUGACAGCACAUCUUCAUACAAGAUCAUGGGAGACAUAAUCAGAAAAUGUUUGGAAAUCACUGAGAGCUUAUCCUUGAAAUCAAUUGCAUUUCCAGCCAUAGGAACAGGAAAUUUGGGGUUUCCUAAAACCAUUUUUGCUGAAUUAAUCAUUUCAGAAGUGUUAAAAUUUAGUAGCAAGACUCAACUGACAACUUUACAAGAGGUUUACUUUCUGCUGCACCCGAGUGAUCAUGGAAAUAUUCAGGCAUUUUCAGAUGAAUUCGCCAGAAGGACUAAUGGAAAUUUCGUCAGUGACAAAAUUCCCAAGGCUGAAGAUAAACAAGUUUUCUAUGGGACUGGGUUUAGCCCAGAUGUAGGAAUGCAUGAAAUGAUGAUUGGUCCCAUCAUCUUCCAAGUGGCCUUUGGAGAUAUCACCAAAGAAGAGGCAGAUAUGAUUGUAAACUCAACAUCAAAGACAUUUAAUCUCAAAGCAGGGGUGUCCAAAGCAAUUUUAGAAUGUGCUGGACAAAAUGUGGAAAUGGAAUGUUCUCGCCAAGUUCAAAAGGGCAACAGUGAUUAUAUAAUUACCGAAGGUGGAUUAUUGAGGUGCAAAAAUAUUGUUCACGUUAUUGGUGGAAACGAUGUCAAGAGAUCAAUCUCCUAUGUUUUGCAAGAGUGUGAAAAACGGAAUUACUCGUCCAUUUGCCUCCCAGCCAUUGGGACAGGAAAUGCCAAACAAGACCCAGGUAUGGUUGCUGAUGCCAUCAUUGAUGCCAUUGAAGACUUUAUCCAAAAAGGAUUUGUCCAGUCUGUGAAAAAAGUUAAAGUUGUUAUCUUUAUGCCUCACCUACUGGACGUGUUUUGGGCCAGCAUGAAAAAAAGAGAACCAUCUCUGACUUCUCCCCAACAGUCUCUGCCGUCUAAAUUAACAUCAUUUAUGGGGUCCUCGAGUCAAUCUCCCCAAAAGCAGAAUCCUUUGGUUUUGAAAAAGAAAACAGAAUCAGCAAGUUUUCAGGUGUGUGGUGAAAAUGUAAAAUGUGUGGAAAACGCUCUCACCUGGAUACAGGAUCUGAUUACAAAGGAACUGUGUCCUUACACCAAUGAAGAUGAGUGUAUCAAAGAUUUUAAUGAAAAAGAAUAUCAGAAAUUGAAUGAGCUGCAGGAGAACUUAAAUAUUGCCAUUUGCUUGGACAGUAAAAGACCUCUGAUUGAAGUUUUUGGGAUUGGCAAAGAUUUGACAGAGGCUAGAAAUGCAAUUGAGGAAAUGAUCAAGAGAAUUAGAUUGGCCAAAGAACAGAAAUCCCAGGCAGAUUUUAUUAGUGAAUUUGUAGAAUGGCAAUAUUAUGACAAAGACACUUUUCAUAGUUUUAAGAAAAUAAUCAAUCUGCAAUUGGAGAAUGCAAGGAAGGCAAAAAAAAGGAUAGCUGUUGUCAAAGUUAAUCACCAGACCUACACCGUGGACCUGUGCAAGUACAGUGCUAUAGAUGCAGGAGGACGCAGUUUACCUGUUCGGCGCCUCAUGAAAUCUGAAGUUGGGAUCCCUGAGCACUGGAGUGAUAUGAAACAGCAGGAUGUCUGUGUGGUUGAGCUACAGCCUGGUCAUGCAGAAUAUGACACGGUGGCAAGCAAGUUUAAUCAGACCUGCUCGCACUUCUACAUAGAGAAGAUUGAGAGGAUCCAGAAUCCAGAUCUUUGGAAUAGCUACCAAACAAAGAAAAAAGCCAUGGAUGCCAAGUAUGGACAUAAAAACAAUGAGAAGCAGCUCUUCCAUGGGACAGAUGUUGACUCAGUGCCACAUGUCAACCGAAAUGGCUUUAACCGCAGUUACGCUGGGAAAAACGCUGUGGCAUAUGGAAAGGGAACCUAUUUUGCCGUCAAUGCCUGUUAUUCUGCCAGCGAUACAUACUCCAGACCAGACAAAAAUGGGAAAAAGCAUAUGUACUAUGUGCGAGUACUUACUGGAACCUACACACGUGGAAAUCAAUCACUGAUUGUGCCUCCACCAAAGAGCCCUGACAACCCUACUGAUCUGUAUGACACUGUCACAGACUGUGUGCAUAAUCCGGGUUUAUUUGUGGUAUUUUAUGACUACCAGGCUUACCCAGAGUACCUCAUUACUUUUACAUAUUAACAUCUUGGUAUCCUUCCCAGAAGACAUUGCUCAUCUAUACAUACUGUGUUGUAAAACAAGUUCAGAUUUUUUCCCCCCUCUUAACAGCAUUUUCUAAGAUCAAAGGAUACUUAUCACUGAAAUCAGACUUUCUUCAGCUUCUCCUUCAUAACUGGAAUGUACCUCUCUUGAGAGCAAUAAAUUUGAGAAUUUAAAUCAGAUAACUUAGUUGCAACUGUUUGUCCACAACUGUGGACAUCAAAUCUGUAGAAGGAAAGAACAUAUUUGUAUUUUCAGGAAGGAGAGAAUAACGUUCAUCUUAUAAUCUGAUUUUUUUUU